AUGGCAGAGGUUCUUUCAAAUGUUGAUGCCUUCCCGAGCAGGCCGAGAACACAAGGAGAUUCGAUUGCAACUCCCACUAUGGACUACUCGGUCAUGAAAUCGCGGUUGAGAGAAUUCCUACAGAGCUUUGCGCUUGAUGAUUUCUCGGCCGGCUCAAAGCUCAAGUACAUGACUCAGCUGGAAGACAUUUUCCGCCGCACUCGCAAGUCCUUAGUGAUUGAAGUUGAAGAUGUAUACAAGUGGGGUUUAGACGCAGACAACUUCUCUGCAGCAAAUUCCGGUGGUGCAACCGGUUUGCUGCAUGAUGAGAUUCUGUCCAACGCUCGUCGAUAUCAAGAAUUGUUUUCAGAAGCGGCUGACGAAAUCAUAGAAGAUAUGCGCAGCGCUGCACCAAAUGCCCCCGCCGUCAAUCCGGAUACGCCAGACGUCAUUGCUGUGCUUUCUGAAACUCGCCGACGAAGGGAAGAGGAAUUUCGCAACGCUCAAGCAGCCGCUGAGAACAUCCCCGGGGGCCCUGGUAAUGCCGACAACGCAAACAGACCUGCCGGGCCUGGGGCAGACCCAAGGAAUCUUGUUCCAGCAAUAAUGACGCGUACCUACGAAACCCUUCUCAUCCCGAGACCUGGCGAUAAGUCCGUUCCUCUUCGUUUCGUACGAUCAGAACAUGUCGGACGGCUCGUAACGGUCUCAGGCAUUGUUACUCGCGUGACCGAAGUCAAACCCCGCGUAGCGGCUGCUGUUUACGUGUGUCACGGGUGUGGAUACGAGGUGUACCAGGAAGUUAGUGGCAAGUCCUACAUGCCUAUUCAGACCUGUCCCACUCAGAAUCAUCGCCGAGGAGCAGAAUCGCAGCUAGUUCCAAAUUACAAAGCAUGCAAGUUUGUCAAGUAUCAGGAGCUGAAGCUGCAAGAGCCGGCGGAUCAAGUCCCAAUUGGUAGCAUUCCGAGGACCAUCAACAUCAAACUCAACGGGGAAAUUACAAGGACGUGCACAUCCGGGGAUGUCGUCAAAAUCUCCGGUAUCUUUCUUCCAAUGCCGUACAGUGGUUAUCGGGCGAUGAAAGCCGGCUUUCUCGCGGACACUUUUCUGGAAGCCUCGCAUGUAACUCAGAGCAAGAAAAGCUAUGCUGAUGAAUACAUCGACGACAAUACCAAGCGGGAGCUCGAGGCUUUGCGAAGCGACCCAGACGUCUACAAUCGACUGGCUAAGUCUAUUGCCCCGGAAAUUUUCGGAAGUGUCGAAGUGAAGAAAGCGCUCCUACUUCUUUUGUUGGGUGCGCCUCCAAAGCGACUGCCGGAUGGGAUGCGUCUUCGCGGGGAUAUCCACAUUUGCUUGAUGGGUGAUCCAGGAGUUGCAAAAUCGCAGCUCUUGAAACAUAUCGCGAAAGUGGCCCCUCGUGCCGUAUACACGACGGGGAAAGGAAGCUCUGGUGUAGGCUUAACAGCGGCUGUGAUCCGUGACCCAGUUACGAAAGAACUCAUGCUGGAGGGCGGUGCUUUAGUUUUGGCAGAUAUGGGAAUUGCCUGCAUUGAUGAGUUCGACAAAAUGAACGAAGUGGACAGGACAGCCAUUCACGAAGUAAUGGAACAGCAAACAGUCUCCAUUGCAAAGGCUGGAAUUACUACAAGUUUGAACGCACGCGCAUCCGUGCUCGCCGCUGCAAAUCCCGCGUACGGGCGAUACAACAAAAGAAAGUCGCCGGCAGAGAACAUCAACUUGCCCGCAGCCCUGCUCUCCCGUUUCGAUCUUCUCUUCCUUCUUCUUGAUACGCCAGAUGCAGCACAGGAUUUGGCAUUGGCGAAACAUGUCACGCACGUACAUCGCACCGGAGUCCAUCCCACUUUGGACUUCACUGUUGUCGAUCCGAAGGUCAUCCGCGUCCACAUCGCGGCAGCUCGUGAAGUUAACCCGGUUAUCCCAAAGAAUGGCUCGUUGACGGAGUAUUUGGUUAACAAUUAUGUCGCCAUGAGAGCCCAGGAGGUAGAUGACGGCAGGGAGGCCAAAGGAUAUACUUCUCCUCGUGUUUUGCUCAGCAUCCUACGCUUGGCCCAGGCCUUAUGUAGGCUACGACUGGCGACUGUAGUGCAGCGCGAAGAUGUAGACGAAGCAUUGCGAUUGAUGGUGGCUAGUAAAGCAUCCCUCGAAGAUGCAGAGUCAAAGAAACGAAGCCGAACUGACGAUGACGCGGAUGAGGAAGCGUUGGAUGUGCUUUUCGGUUCCAACAACCGAGCGGAGACUAAGGAGGACCGUGUAUGGAGAAUCUAUACCCUGAUUUGCGAACAUAUGGACAAAGAACAACGCGAAGUUAUUGACAUCGAAACGGCUGAAAAACUAUGUGAUGAGAAUGGCUAUUCACGAGACGAACUCAUGAAGACCAUUGAUGACUAUGAAGAAAUGAAUCUUUGGACGUACGAUACAGAUGAACAUAGAAUUGCUAUUGUGUAACUCUGUUGUAAAUGACUCCGCCUUUGUUUAGGA